UUCCCAGUGUCGCGUUUGUCGUACAAACUCGUUCCCAGAAUCGUUUUUGCUAUUUUACUAGCUCGCCUGCUUUUUUGACCGCUGCAUCCCAUCAGUUUGUGCUUUGACUUUCGCUAGAGAACGCGCUUUUGUUCAUUUGUUCUUACGUUCGCCAGUAAAAAAUAAAAACAAAAGCAAAAAAAAAAAUAAAAAUAAAAAAAUAAGUGCAAGCGCAUAAAUAUUAUUUGUGUGGAAUAAUGCAAUAUUUGGCGCUUUGGAUACCCUUUUACCUCUUCAUUGCCGCCGUUACGCUGCUCUUCGUGUGGUGGCGUAAGCGUUUGAACUACUGGGCCGAUCGUGGUAUUAUACACGAAAAACCGUCCUUGAUCCAUGGCAAUUUGGCCGGUGUGGGACGUACUCAGACAAUACGCGACCCGUUUCGCGAUUUCUAUGAGAAAUAUAAACAUGACGCACCUUUUGGUGGCUUCUACUUGUCGAUGCGUGCUGCGGCAGUGAUCUUUGAUCUCGAUCUUGUAAGGCAUAUAUUAGUUAAAGAUUUCGGGAAUUUCAGCAGUCGCGGCGCAUACUACAAUGAGAAAGAUGACCCGAUUUCGGCGCAUGUGUUCAAUUUGGACGGUACAAGCUGGCGGAAUGUGCGCGCCAAACUAACGCCCACCUUCACAUCAGCCAAGAUGAAGUUCAUGUUUCCAACGGUGGUGGAGGUGGCAAAGGAAUUUGUAAAGGUACUACAACAAGAAGUGGAGCAGCAGAAUUCAGGUAAAGCUAACGGCUCCACUCAGUCGCACAAGGCACAAAACGCUGUGACGAGUGAUGACGCCUCAAUGCAGGGUAUUGAAAUUAGGGAUUUGCUGGCACGCUUCACCACUGAUGUCAUCGGUAGUUGUGCAUUCGGACUGGAUUGUAAUAGUUUGCACGAACCGGACACACAAUUUCGCGUUAUGGGCAGAAGGAUCUUUGGUGAACGCAGACAUGGUCGCGUUGUGUUCGGUUUUGCGCAGGCCUACCCAGAGCUAUCUCGUAAAUUGGGCAUCAAAAUGACUCCAGAUGAUAUCAGUGAAUUCUUUCAGAAAGUAGUGCACGAUACCGCUGCGUACAGAGAGAAAGAAGGUGUGCAGCGCAAUGAUUUUAUGAAUCUCUUGUUGGAGCUGAAAAAGCAAGAAGAUGGCUUGAGUUUGGAGCAGAUUACUGCGCAGGCAUUCGUUUUCUUCAUCGCUGGCUUUGAAACGAGUUCUAGUACAAUGGGUUUUGCGCUGUAUGAGCUCGCAUUGAAUCAGGAAAUACAAGCGAAGGCGCGCGCCGAGAUUGAGACGGUAUUGGCGCGUUUCGAUGGCCAAUUCACAUACGAGUGUAUGCGUGAAAUGCAAUAUUUGCACCAGAUCUUUUGUGAAACACUGCGCAAAUACUCCGUCGCCUCGAUAACCCUGCGCAAGACACUGAACGACUAUCAGGUGCCGAAUACCAAGUAUGUAAUCGAGAAAGGUGUGGUUAUUGUUAUACCCAUUGAUGCUAUACAUCGCGAUCCCGAAAUAUAUCCUGAUCCCGAACGUUUCGACCCCACACGUUUUGAACGGGAGGCAAUAGCCAAGCGCCAUCCUAUGGCUUGGCUGCCCUUCGGCGAGGGGCCACGCAAUUGCAUUGGACUGCGCUUCGGUAAAAUGCAAGCCAUGGUGGGCUUGGCUUUAUUGCUGAAACAUUUCAAAUUCACGCUGGCACCUAAGACUAAAGUGCCGCUAGAUAUUAAAAAAGAAAGUUUUGUGUUGGCGAGCAACGAUGGCAUUCAUUUGCAUGUGGAGCCAAUCGCAGGCACAAAAUGAAGUAAUGGAUUUCAGAGUAUUAUUGUAUUUUUAAUAUCAACAAAUUUAACAUAAAUUUUACAUUAUAAUUACAGUUUAUUAAAUAAACUUAUUUUACUUUCCAUUUCUUUUUGACAUUACAACAA